AUGCUUGCACAACCUUCCCAGCUCGAUCUGCCGAUGGAUUGGCCUACGCAUAUUUGUGACAUUGAUGCUGAACCUCUGCAUCGCUAUCACAAGGGUGGAUAUCAUCCUGUUCAUUUGGGGGACUGUUUGAGCGAUGGCAGGUACAAGGUUCUACACAAGUUAGGCUGGGGUGGUUACUCGACUGUCUGGGCAGCGCGCGAUACCAGAAAUCAAGCCUACGUUGCUGUGAAAAUCGCAGUAUCUGAGCCUAACUAUCAAAAUCGAGAGACUGCCGUCUUGCGUACAAUAGCGGCGAAACACUCAGAUCAGCCUAGGUAUCAGCAUUUAAUGAAAAUGCAAGACUCCUUCCAGAUCAGUGGUCCAAACGGAACUCAUGAAUGCCUCGUGUUGGAAUUGUUAGGGCCAAGCGUGGCCGAUUUCCUUGACGCGCAUUCUAGCAUUGAAAGGCUUCCUGGAACGCUCGCGAAGACUAUUGCAAAACAGGCUCUGCUUGGUUUGUGCUCCCUUCACGAGCAGGAAAUCGCGCAUGCAGAUCUGCACACCCGCAACCUAGCUUUCGCGAUCCCUACGGUGCAAGCCUUGCGAGAAGAGGAAUUCCUACAGAAACUCGGACAACCUGAAACAGGGGAUGUUCAAAGAAAGGACGGCCAGCCACUUGGACCUGGUGCACCCCGAUACCUUGUUAGACCCACUUCCUACCCUACAGAUGUUAAGUCAUCGCUCGGAUUGAUUAAGAUCGUUGAUUUUGGCCAAUCUUUCUUACGCGACGAGUGUCCUGGCGUACUCAACACUCCACUUCCUGUCCGCGCCCCUGAAAUCAUCUUCAAAGACAAAGUUGAUUAUCGCGUGGAUCUUUGGAGUAUGGCCUGUCUGCUUUUUGAACUCAUUGUCGGACAACCGCUGUUCGACAGCUUUAUGACAACACCUGCAAUCCUUGUCCGCCAGAUGCUUGAGACAGUUAACGAUGAUCUGCCAGACUGUUGGAAAAGAGACUGGUAUGCCAUGAAAGAAACACUACCUGACAGUAGUUCCACUUGCUCACUUCAAGACUGGUUAGAGGAGAUGUAUUUUGAUGGGGAGAGGCGCGAGGAUAUGAGUCGGGAAGACAUUGUGCGGGUCGGUGUGCUGAUUGGAAGUAUGUUACGAAUGGAACCUACUGCCAGGGCACCAGCGAAAGCUGUUGUUCAGGACGCUUGGUUCCAGAGAAAAUAG